AAUGUUUUGCAGUUCAGAUUGCAAAACAUAUUUUUGAAAACGAAUAUUUAUCUGAUAGUUGUGUCUUCUAAUUGAAGGAAUAGGGGUGUUGGUAUCAUGGAUAACAACCAUCAAUCAACAACCAAUGGCUAUCAACUAUCAUGAUAUUAGUUUUUCUGUAACAGCUAAUCCGAACACUGCCUAAAUUUUCUAACUGUUUGAAAGCAUGGAAUCAGCUUUUAGAAAAGGGAAGAGGGCUUUUAAGUAAACUAUGUCUGAUCCAACUUCUACUCAGAGAAGAAUUUUUAGAAGUAGGGUCAACUGAGCAGUUGGUGUUAGGGGUUUGCAUGUGCUGGUGAGCACAUAUAUGAUGCGAAAUGAGAAUAAGACAUAAUUAGCAUAUGUAUUUGGCCUUCUUCUAUCUUCCAACAGUUAGUAUAGUCUCUUGAUUAGGAAGAUUUUUCUUAUUUGGGAUUUGUUGAACUUGUUUUGGAUUGUAAAACUGAGGUUUGUGGGUUAUGAAUUGGUGAUAGGAUGGCUUCUUGGUGCCGGAAAUGCAUAUAUUUGAAGCCAAUGAUGGAGAAAUUAGCAGCUGAGUUUGAUACAAAAAUCAAAUUUUAUUAUGUGGAUGUCAACAAGGUCCCUCAAGCUCUGGUGAAAAGAGGAAACAUCACAAAAAUGCCAACAAUUCAGUUAUGGAAAGAUGGAGAGAUGAAGGAAGAAGUGAUUGGAGGGCACAAGGCAUGGCUUGUGAUUGAAGAAGUGAGGGAAAUGAUAAAGAAGUUUUUAUGAUUUAUGUAUUGUUGUAUCUUUUUCUCUUCAUCUUGAUUUUUCAUGUUUAAAGAAUUAGCUUCCCUUAUAGUUUACAUGAUGUCAUUGUGCUCACUUCCAAUGUGAAAUGGACCAAUUUGUAUAGGCUUACAGAGGAAGAGGUCCAUUUGCAUUGGAGUAAUAUUGCUCUGUUUCUGCUACAACAAUCCUUAACUAAGAUAUAAAAGGCCCUCAUUCAGGAAUUUAGAACUUUGCCCAAGUGGUGGUGUGAGAGCUAGUGUAAAACCAUUAGCAAAAACCCAUGGUCUUAUGCAUGCAUGUUUUGAUAUAAACAUUUCAAGGCUCUUUUACUUUCUUAUUCCUUUUUACAACCGAGAGAGAGGGAGAGGAAGAAAGGUUUGCGGAGGGUAGUUUCUGUUCUCAUCUUUUUACAGUGUUUUGAGCUUAGCAACCAGCACAUGUUUGUGCUUAUGAGCUGACCCAGAGAGAGUAACGGUUAAGGAACUGUUGAUCAACCAGUGAAGAACCCGAAGGAAAUCCAAGGAAGUUCCGCCCAAUACAGUAAUGGGUUUCGUGUGGUUGAUUCAGCUAAACCUACUGUUUUGUGCUCUGUUAUAACUACAAGUUUAUGAUGGAUUAACCGAAUGAUCUUCUUAAAUUGAAAAGUACUAGGAGUGGAGUACAACUGGGAUUUCUGGAAGUUUAGGAGCUUUCUGUGGUUGCUGCUGUGAACAAGCUUAAGCUUGUUAAGGUAACUUGUAUCUGCACUAGACUGUUAUCUUCGAUCCAAGCCCUUUAAAAACCUAUUUGGGUUACUUGUAAAACUAUUAUACCCUUCUUUCUGAAAGAAGAAUUUAUUUGCUGACCAUAUGUAUAAUCUAGACCUUGGAACUAAACUGUGAUUUUCUUG